AUGAACCAACAAAUCCCCGAAACAAAUUUUUACGAAGGAAAACCACAGCUGAGAUACUACCAGUGGGCGCCGUUCAUUUUCAUCGUGUUUGCAUUUAUGUGCCAACUCCCACGUCUUUUUUGGAGGUCAAAUAAUGAGACGUGUGGCCUAAACCUGCAAAAUGUUAUCGAGAUCGGGGAAAUUUAUCACAAUGCAGAAGAAAGGGAAAAAAGAGACGACCAAAUAAAACUAAUCACCAUACAUUUCAAUCGCUACUUCAAUUUUAAGAACCGGCAGAAAAAAGGCUUUAACAUUUUUUGGACAAAAUCGCUCACUAUGACUUAUCUCUUUACCAAACUGCUAUAUUCUCUGAACGCUGUGGCACAGUUCUUAAUAACAGAUCUCCUGCUUUCAAAUGGGAAAUUAAAACUCUAUGGUAUCACUUUACUCAGAAAUCUUAUCACUGGAGCCUCACCAGACUCAGGUUUCUUUCCAGGGCAGACUUUGUGCGACUUUAAUGUUCGAAAAAUAGGAAUGGAGAAAUUUGGGCAAAACUAUACUGCCCAGUGCGUUUUGUCAGUAAAUUUUUAUUUGCAGGCUAUUUUUUCAUUUUACUGGUUUUGGCUUGUUUUUGUGAUUUUCUAUAACUGUUCUAACACAUCAUAUUGGAUGUAUCACCUUCUUUCAAAAACAAAUUCUCGUUAUUAUGUCCGCAAACACAUCCGUCGAGAACUUUUUUUAAAUUCUCAGAGUCAGGAAAAUUGCAAUGAAAAAGAAAUGAUGAAUAAUUUUAUUAAUCAGUACCUCAAAACUGACGGAAUCUUUGCACUCAGACUCAUGUCAAAAAAUGUCAGCGACAUUGUUUUGACUGACUUUAUAAGUGCCCUUUAUGAAAAUUACAAAAUCAUGGAAAUUGCUAAAAAGACCGAAAGCAGUUCUAUUUUAUAA